GUAGAAAGGACUUUCCCCCCAGCACUUUGUCCUCGGUUCCACUGUUGUCCAAACUACUUUCCAAAGAGUUUGAAAUACUAGGUUGAGUGACAGCUGAUAGAUACAUCAGUGAGCUGAACACAAUUUCCUUGUUGUAACGGCUAGGUCUUGAAAAAGGUGCGAGUCCAUUUCUGUGAGGCAGAAAGGCUUUCUCGUUUUGUUCGAUCUCGUGCCCAACUAUUCUCACCAUCCAAUCAAACUGAGAGUCGUUGCUGGCGAGCUAUUCAGAGCUGUUCGGGAUUUGAGAGCACCUUUGCUUGCAGUUUCUUAGUGUGUCACUUUGUCUUGAGAUCAGCUCUAUUUCCAUCAGACAUGGGUGCACUGAUAUCUAGAAUAGAUAGCUUGAAGAUCUCCGUCAAUUGGUACAGGGAGAAGGAAGCUGGACGAAAGCACCUGUAUGAGUAUAUCAGUGAGCUGAACACAAGAUCCAGUAGUAUUUUGGAUGCAAAUGGGUGUCAUCUCCUAUUUGGUGUGAAGGCCACACCGAAGUGUCAGCAAACAGUGGGUAACCAUUGUCAAUGUUAUCAGUGCCCAUCAGCUAGUUAUCAGUGCCCAUCACUGGCAUCAGCUAGCACUAGUACCAGUGCCAGUCAAAGGGAUGCUGCUGCUGCUGCUGAUGAUGAUGCUGAUUGUGUUCAUCAAAGGCAUGCUGCUGAUGGCGCUGCUGGUGCUGAUUGUGUAAGUGCUGGUGGUGCUAUCAGAGGUAUGGGUGUAGUCAGUACGCCGUCCAACUUGCAACCUCCACCUGCAAGUGAAGUCACUACCUCUACAGAAGCAGCGUCCACGCAGGAUGUACCAACGUCAGCGGAUACAAGAUCAAGACCAUGCACGCCGUCGUCUUCAUCAACGGCACCAUCACCUUCGCCACUAGCAACAGCAUCAGCAGCAGUAACUACAAGAAGUGAUCUCAACGGAUCUUCACAGCAUGGCUCAUCUUCAAAUCACUCCGACUGUUCUGCCAGUAGUAACGUCUUACCACCCUGGAAUCGUAUCUUGUGUGACAAGGUCCAUCACUCAUCAGGAGAAAUACGUGACAGUCGUCUUCUAAUCUUAGAUGAGUUUCUACGUCUGCGCUAUCUUAUUCUGGAACACAGCUCAUUAGUACUAGAAACUGAUGAUGUGAUGAAAACAGUUGAUACGCUAUGUUCAAACAUCUCCAGUAGCCUUGGUUCAGCUGGCGAGAGUGUUUGCUGUGUGUGCUGUUCUCACCGCGUUGAUGUUCUUCUACCAUGUAUGCACGCCUACUGCUCACCAUGUAUCUCACAAUGGGAACAACGCAACCCAACGUGUCCACAUUGUCGUAAAACUGUCGAUAGUCAGAAAGAUGGUUGGCUGAUAUCUGAUUACCCUGUGAUGGAUUCCGAUGAAGACGCCAUCUCAGCAAUGGGUAAUGCGAUGGUUGCGGCAUCGGAACGCUUUGGUGUGCGUAGAGCGGAGGCGUGUGGUGAGAGACGCUCAACUGUGUGAACUGUAGCUAUGCUUUCGGGUUGGUGGUAGAGGUGUGUUCUUCUGAUUGCAUCUGGUGGUAGAGGUGUGUUCUUCUGAUUGCAUCUGCGAUCAACAGAGCGGUACUGCACUUGCGUGUGUUCUCUCGCACUUGUGUGUGUGUGUGUGUGUGUGUGUGUGUGUGUGUGUGUGUGUGUGUGUGUGUGUGUGUGUGUGUCCUAGCUUUUAGAGCCAUCACCAGCCAUACCUUGCACUAGUCACUAAGGAUACACAUUGCUGUACUUGUAGUGCAGUCUAGGAUACACAUUGCUGUACUUGUAGUGCAGUCUAGGAUACACAUAGCCGUGACUGUACAGUCAGUGACUAUGAUGCUUCUACUUCAACAUAGCUCAGUGUAUGCAAUCAUUGCACUAGUGGCUAUGCAGUGGUAGUGUCAGGUUAUUCGGUGUGCCACAGCUGGCUGUUGGCCUGCACAACACUAGAGCUGUAUGAGUAGACUGAUCCGAUUAGGACUAACUAAUUAACUUGUUAUGUUUGCUGCCGCCUUUUCUAAGCAAAAAAAUGCCAUCUGUCUGCCGUUAUUCUUAGUUCAUUACUGCACACAGUACAUUAGUGUGCAGCGCAUAUACACACAUGCAUGUAUGAUUAUUUUGUAUGUACGCUGUAUGCAUCAUGCAUAUUCCUAUUUCAGUGCCACAACCAUGCAAUAUUACCAACUCACCAUAGCUACUAAAACGUGUUUUGGAACGCUGAUGAUAAUAUGAAUGCUGCGGAAGCCGUAGCAGAGUUACUGCUACACCCAAUACUGCAAUACUCUGUGUACCCGUGUACCCGGUGUACUUCGAAGUAGUGAUAUCAUGAUGGUAUUUACGCUGAGCAACUUGAGUCAUUAUUAUUGUACUUUU